AUGUCAGCAACCUCCGACAACGACUUGAUGCUCCUGGAAAGGACUCUGGAAGUUUUCGAAAAUGUCGCCAAGAAUUCUGAAAAACUCGAAAAUCCAGAAAGUCUGAAAUUGGCUGAAAAACAGGCGGGAGAUUUUGAAAAUGCCGCCCGGAUCAUUCAACAGUGUCAAAUCGAUAUCGAUCGAGCGAUUGAUCGGGAUCAGCAUAAGAAAUCAAAAAUGGUUGUGGACCGAAUUUUUGAAAUCGUUCGGCGCCUUUAUCAAAUUUUCAAAAAUCUGGCAAAAAUCGAGAAUCAAUCGGAUCCGAUGGAUUUCCAAUAUGGGAAAGAUCGAGGAGAGAAAGGCGAGAAUCUGGCUCAAUGUGUUGCAAGUGCGCUCCGUUGGUACGCGAAUGGAUGCGAGAGGAAAUUGGCGGAAAAUAGUUCUGGAAAUUCUGAAAAUUCGAAAAAAUCCAAACUUCAAAAACAAGCGUCGGAAGAUUGGGAUUUGCCGAGGGUUCCUGUGAUAAAGGCGCCGGAAAUUGGAGAGGAGGAGAUUCAGAGACAAUAUGAGCAAUCCACGUGGGCAGCGAAUGUCAAGAAGAUUCAGGAACUUUUUGCGAUGAAGAAAUGA